AUGAGUCUGUUGGAAAAUUACUGCUCUAGUGCAGUGACUGUGGGCCUGGGGCAGUGCAGGAGAAGAAUAAAAGCCAGCCCUUCUCCUCACUCUCACAUCCAGUCCUCUUGCCUCCAUCUCAGUGAGAACAAGGUGCACCUGCAGCCCCAAGCCAUGUCCUGCUACAGCCCGUGCCAGCCCUGCGGCCCCACCCCGCUGGCCAACAGCUGCAAUGAGCCCUGUGUCAGGCAGUGCCAGAACUCCACCGUGUUCAUCCAGCCCUCGCCUGUCGUGGUGACCCUGCCCGGCCCCAUCCUCAGCUCCUUCCCACAGAACACUGCCGUGGGAUCCUCCACCUCUGCUGCUGUUGGCAACAUCCUCAGCACUCAGGGAGUGCCCAUCAGCUCUGGGGGCUUUGGCCUCUCGGGCUUGGGCAGUGGCCUCUGUGGCAUCAGGGGCCUCCCCUGCUGAAGCUGCUCCCUGCACUGUGGCCUCCUCCUGGAUCCCCCUCUCUUUUUUUUUUUGUUUUUUUGACUCAUUAAAUUCUGCUGCAUCCCAGCCUGUGCCUUUGUGUCAUCCUUUGCCCUGCAGACGCUGUCCCAGGGCAGAGAGGUUGC